AGCACAAGUUAAAGAACAAAGAAAGAAGAAGCGGAGAGCGCCGCUCUCCAGUGACUUUCAGCUUUGACGGGACCAGAGAACACUGCUCAUUCAACACACCAGACGCCGUUUAAGGCGAACUGCCGGGGAGCUUCCAUUCUCUCCCGCUCCCUGCCUUUUCCCAAGUUUCUUUCUCCCCCCCCCCACCCCACAAACCGAAUAAAAAGGGGGAAAGGUCUUCCCGGAUUGGGCAGCAGGAGCUCCCAGCCACCAAGAUGAAAACUCCCAAAAAUGCUGUUGUUGCAAUAUCGGGUAGUGAGACAGAGGAUGAUGACAGUAUGGAUGUUCCUCUGGAUCUUUCUUCUUCUGCCAGUUCAGUCAAGAGGAGGCGGCGGGGUAAUUUGCCCAAGGAAUCAGUGCAGAUUCUUCGGGACUGGCUAUAUGAGCACCGCUACAAUGCUUAUCCUUCAGAGCAAGAAAAAGCACUACUGUCAAGACAGACACACCUUUCCACACUACAGGUCUGCAACUGGUUUAUCAAUGCACGCCGCAGGCUUUUACCUGACAUGCUGCGGAAGGAUGGGAAGGACCCAAAUCAAUUCACAAUCUCACGAAGAGGGACCAAGAUGACUGAUGGAAACCCGGUGGAAUUCUCCAUUGGCACAAAAAACUGUAUUCCAUUGAUUGAGAGCUCGUUUCUCUCUGGUAGCACAGGACCAAACAAGAUUUGUAAACCUCCCUCUCCAGGAUCUGUUUUGGUUCGACCAUCGGUAAUUUGCCACACCACGGUGACUGCACUGAAAGAUUCUCCUUUCCAUUUUGGUCAACUAGCUAGUUCAGGUCAGACCCCAGAUGACCUGCAGCGGGCUUCGCCUACCAACUUCUCAGACAAAACUCUUCUGUACCAUGAAGAUAUGUCUAAGCUGGGACCUAGUACAAAUGCACAGAGUGGGCUUUUCAACACUCCCCCUCCUACUCCUCCAGACCUCAAUCAGGAUUUUAGUGGAUUUCAGCUCUUGGUGGAUGUUGCACUCAAACGGGCAGCAGAGAUGGAAUUGCAGGCAAAACUCAUGGCAUAAAUUGUUCUUCAUAUUUUCCUUCCCAUGGCAGGGAUGUAAUAGAAAGAUGUGGUGACUGUCUACAUGAUAUCAAAGACUUAAACUGCAUUUUUUAAUUAAUCUUAUUUGCACAAAGGAUAGCUGAAAUGAAGCUUCCUCACACUGAAAUGGUAUUCAGUGGAACACCAUCAUUCCAAGAAUUACAAACUUAACUCUACUGUAGAAACAAGAGGGUGUUUUUUUUAAAAAAAAUAAAUGUUUCUUAGUAGGCUUUUCAUAAUGUGAGAUUGUUCCCAAGAUCAUGUGAUUUUUGUUUUGUUUGUUAUUAUUUUCAUUGUUUCUUUCAGACUGUGCAAUAUUUAGGAAUGAGAUUAGUCUUCAUAUCAUUCCCACGUGGAACAAAAUAUACCAACAGGCUGUCUUAAAAACAAAUUUCAGAUUUUAAAACAAGUCUGAAUGAUUAUACUU